CCCCUGCAUCGGCAGGCGGACUCUCAACCACUGCGCCACCAGGGAAGCCCAUGGUUGGCAUUAUUGAGGCCUGAAAAGAUAAAUAUGAAUUUAGAUUCCAUUCAUCGGUUAAUUGAAGAAACACAAAUCUUCCAGAUGCAGCAGUCAUCAGUUAAACCACCGUGUGACCUGGGGGCACCUGCCUCAUCCCGCAGGGACACCUGUAGCUCCUGUUUGCCCCUUCAUGCGCUGCAAUCUCAUGCCGCUCACAACUCCCAUGCUCAUUCCUGCAACAUCAACGACUGGGGCAUUUGUGAAGAACUUCGCCUGCGGGAACUGGAGGAGGUCAAGGCCAGAGCUGCUCAGAUGGAGAAGACCAUGCGAUGGUGGUCAGACUGCACGGCCAACUGGAGAGAAAAGUGGAGUAAAGUUCGAGCUGAAAGGAACAGCGCCAGGGAGGAAGGAAGACAACUCAGAAUAAAAUUAGAGAUGACCAUGAAGGAAUUGAGUGCCUUGAAAAAAAAGCAAAGUUUGUCACAUCAAAAAGAGGCCUUGGAAGCUAGAGUCACCCAGGACCGGAAGCUUCCUAGUUUCAUAGAAGUGUCCUAUGCACAGAGAGACCCCUUUCAAAUUGGUUCCAAAACGUGUGAGUCCAUCAGAGAGUGCUUGGGAAAGAGAGAAUAUCCUACCAAGGAGAACAUAAAUAGUAAGGAAGAAGGUUUGAUUAUUGACCCAUUAAAAUUAAAUGAAGAGGUGAAACUCAAUCUAGAUUGUCCUGAUUUAUUCAAGAAUGGUGGUUCUGAAAACCGUACAGUGAGACCUGGAUUAAGACUGCAGGCAAUAAAUCUGCCUCUGGAGAAUGGAGUUCCUGAAAUUUCAGCUUUGCAGGUGAAUUUGGAUGAGUUCCAAAAAAUCUUAUGGAAAGAAAGAGAAAUGCGCUUAUCUUUGGAAAAAGAAAUAGAACGGCUGGAGUCAGCUUUGUCUGUGUGGAAAUGGAAGUAUGAAGAACUGAAAGAAUCAAAGGCAAAAAGUCUGAAAGAGUUUGACAUUCUUCAUGGUCAACAUAAAAAUAAAAUGGAAGAAAUAUCAGGAGAUAUAAAGGAAGGAUCGAAAUCUAAAAAUAGCAGUGACAGACUGAUCUAUGAGUUAAGAGCAGAGCUAGAGAGAUUGCAGGCUGAAAAUACAUCUGAGUGGGACAAGAGGGAGAUACUUGAAACAGAAAACCUAGGACUGGAAAGAGAAAAUAGAAGGCUAAAGUUCCAAGUGAAAGACAUGGAAGAGCUCCUGGAUAGGAAAAAUAGGUUAAUUGCAAACUCUCAAGGUCCUGAUUUCAAGAAAUCACAAAUUGAACUACAGGAAAAAAACAAGGAACUGUUGGACCUUCAACAUGCCUACCAUAAACUAAGCAGGCAGCACCAGGCAAAGACGGCAGAAAUGACCCACGUCAACAACCUCAUGGAUCAAAAUGAGGCCGAAGUGAAGAAACUGAGAUUUCAAGUAGAAGAACUAAAAUGGGGACUCAACCAAAAGGAAAAUAAGCUUGAUGAUUUCCUGAAUCAGAUCCAUAAGCUCCAGAGAUCUUUGGAUGAACAAAAAGAAACAAAUGAAAACUUGGAACUUCAACUCAGGCACUUACAAAACUGGUAA